AUGGUAAUUUUAGCAGAGAACAAGAAAGGGAAUCAACUUGUUGAAGAUACUCCUAACAAUGAGGAAACUAAAGAAUUACUGAAUGAAAGCAAGAGGAAGGAAUCUAAUGCAUAUUUUUACUGGGGUUACCUUAUUUUUAUCCUUAUGUUUAUCCCAAUCACAGUAGCCACGACACUAAUUGGAGAUGUGCCCCUACCAAAGCAAGAGAAUGGAACUUAUGGCACUAUCUCAAGCACCUAUAUCUCUGUGUACGAGAGAAGAAAUUAUUACUCAGAGAGCUUCGGUCUUGGCAAAUUCAUUCAAUGGAAUUUAAUGUGUCUCACAGGUUUUGUAUUUGUGACAAUAGUAAACCUCAGGAACAGAGAAAGGGCGAACCCUUUCUUAGGAAGGUUUGGCACUUAUAAAGAUUUCAUAGGACUAACCAUACUUGCUCCAUUGCUCUAUUUUACAGCACCAAUCAUAUUCAUGAGGUCUCACUCUAGUAUGCAGAGAGGAUGCUCUUCUGAAGGGAUUUCUGGGGAAAGUAACACUCAAAAUUUUGGGGUAGAAGGCAACAGCUUCCACAACGCCGGCUUAAUUUAUUUCAUUCAAGCAAUCUGUGAGGGAAUUGCAGGAGGAAUAUAUAACUUUGGAAGUAUUAUGACUGACCAUUAUACUUGCUACGAGUUCACAUUUUCAGAAGUAUUUGGGUAUAACUAUAUGAUUGUCUGAAGCUUCUUUUUAGGGUGAAAUAUGACUCAUAUGAAUAGCAUUGUCGAAUGCGUUUUGGGAAAGCCUGCUAGAAACCUAUCUCUAUCAAUUGAAGCCCUUAAGACUUGGGGAAUUAGAGAAGCUCUAGCAAUGGCUUUCUUCUCCACAUUAUCUAUGGGAUACUUGUUCUACAUGUUUUGGCUAUACGCAAGGGCAGGAAUUUUGGCACUGUAUGGAUUAUUAGUAGUUUUUAUUUAAGCACUAUGAUCUUUCCUUCGAUCUUACUGAGAAAGACACACAUAUUUCAUUUCCACCACUAUGCUUGGGCUGGAAUGUAUAUGACUUUGGCUGGGUAUCAACACUCUAUGAUUAGCUUUGGAGGUGCAGUCCAUUCAGGAAUCAUGGUUGAAGGUAUCGCCAGAUGGAGUUUUGAUAAAUGGUGGUACAGAAAGAAUCAUUAGUUUUCUUUCAGAACCAAUAGUAUUUAAAAGAAUGCUAAUCAUUUCAAACUUUU